AUGCUAUAUGAGUGGAAUGGCCGAAUGCUCUCCGCUGCUGCUGGAGGAGGUAUUAACUGGGUUGACAUGGGCACUGGAACACAUUACGGGUUUGCGACUUUUUCCAGUAACCUCGGUCAUGUCGGUAUCGAUACCGAAGGAACAUGGGCCAUUGGUAGGCCCAAGGCUGUCAUCGACUGGGGCUACCGCGCAUGGAAUGGAACAACUGUUCUGGGCAAGCUCUUGAUCAAGAACUGUAUGAAGAACAUGCAAGAAUACCCCGAUGACUAUGAUGGUGUGUUUGCCAGUGCCUCAGCGUGGUGGACUGAUCACCAGCAGCUCUACAAUUUGACGCAGACCACCUACCAGGCACCUGCCGGAUCUUCCCAUUCUAUACCCGAAAAGAUGUUUGAUAUCCUUGCUGCCGAGGUUAUCAAGCAGUGUGAUGUCCAAAACGGCGUGCAGGACAGCAUCAUCUCCAAUUCGCAGGGCUGUGUCUUCAAUGCCAAUACCCUGGCUUGUAACGCGACUAGUUCUUCAGAAGAGUGCCUAACCUCUGAGCAGUUCACCACUCCCUCCAAGAUAUACAAUGACUGGGUUGACACUAACCAGACCUUUGUAUACGGCCACAUGUGGCUCGGAAGUGAGGCUUCGUGGUUGAUGGGUAACAUCGGACUAGGGAAGAACAGCACUAUUUCACAACAGCUGUGGUACCCCCGUGAUCUGAUGGGUCUCGGUGAUGACUUCAACUGGCAGGAUCUGGACUACAGCACGGUUCAGCUUGCCGAGAAACUGAACCCUGGAAAUGGCACUGCCGACAAGUUUGAUAUCAGUGCUUUCCACAACCGUGGUGGUAAAUUUCUUCACUACCACGGUCUGUCGGAUGCAUACGUUUCCCCAGAUGCUAGUAUCUACUAUUACGACCAGGCUACCAGCGCGGUCAAGUCGCAAGGAAUCGAGAUGGAUGACUUCUACCGCAUGUUCCUGAUUUCCGGCAUGGAGACUCCUGAUACCAUGAACGCUCCUUGGUACAUCGCCGGACCUGACCAAGCCUCCACCAUCAAUACUGGCACAUACAGCACCCCUGGAUACAGAGAUUCUCAGCACGAUAUUGUCUUGGCUAUGAUGGCAUGGGUUGAAAAUGGGACUGCCCCAAGCAACAUUAUCGCCACAAAGUUCAAGAACGAUACCACUGCCAUCGAAGUCUUGCGCCAGCGUCCUAUCUGCCACUAUCCUCACCAGGCUAAGUACAACGGCAAGGGUGACACCGAUGAUGCCUCUAGCUGGGUCUGCAAGCCUAUAUACUAG